AAGAGAGGUUGUGUACUUUUAUAUAAUCGUCUGAAAACUACCCAGGAACUAACCAUUUAUCGCCCCACUGUGAACGAGUUAGCAGUCCUUUAUUUGAGAUUAAUCGUGCUCGUCGCUGAAAGUGGCAUUUAUGGCAGUGUUUGCUGUACUUUCGAGUGUCUGCGCAACAGCUUUUGCAUGGCUGUUGUCUUUUCUUUUCAUUGCAUUUCUCGCCUACUGUUUUUAUAUCAAAUACAUUCAUAUGAAAUAUGACCAUAUACCAGGGCCGCCGAGGAACAGUUUCUUCUUGGGACAUUCGCCGACGUUUGUGAGGAUUAUGAAAAAUGACGGAAUUGUGCACAACAAAUUUUUGGAGUGGGCCGAGACUUAUGGGCCUGUUUACAGAAUGAAUAUCCUGCAUUACAUUAUCCUGGUCGUGACCUGUCCAGAGGCAACUAAGGAAAUCUUGAUGUCCCCUAAGUAUCCCAAGGAUCGAUUCCUCUACAAGCGAAUGUUUAAUCUCUUUGGCCAAAGAUUUAUAGGCACCGGUCUGGUCACUGCAAUCGAUCAUGAGACGUGGUACAAACAGCGGCGCAUCAUGGACCCUGCUUUUAGCACCUUGUACUUGAGAGGCCUAAUGGGGACCUUCAAUGAAAGAGCGGAGAAACUCAUGGAUAAGCUCUCAGAUUUAGCUGACAGUAGCACACAGGCCAACAUGCUUCAACUUGUCAACUGUGUCACGCUUGAUGUCAUCGCUAAGGUUGCGUUUGGAGUUGAUUUAGAUCUCCUGUCCAACAACUCGCCUUUCCCCAAAGCCAUCGAGACUUGCCUGAAAGGGAUAGUGUAUCAAGUCAGAGACUCUUUAUUCCAGUUCAAACCAAAGAACUGGCCGUUCAUCGACGAGGUGAGGAAAGCCUGUCGCCUGCUGCGCACCACCGGAGCUCAGUGGAUCCGAGACAGAAGGACGGCCAUGCAAAACGGAGACGAUGUCCCGAAAGACAUCCUCACUCAGAUCAUUAAAACUGCAGCCACAGAGAAAAAUAUGUCUGAAGAGGAUGAAGAGUUUAUGUUGGACAAUUUUGUAACAUUUUUUAUUGCAGGUCAAGAAACGACAGCCAAUCAGCUAGCGUUUUGCAUCAUGGAACUAGCAAGACAUCCUGAAAUACUGGAUAAAGUGACCAAAGAAGUGGAUGAUGUCAUCGGGAUGAAACAGGAAAUAAGCUACGAUGACCUGGGGAAGCUAGUUUACCUCUCACAGGUGCUGAAAGAGACACUAAGAAUCUACCCGACGGCUCCAGGCACGUCUCGGGAAAUCCAUGGAGACAUGAUCAUCGAUGGUGUCCACCUGCCUGGAGGUUUUACCUGUAUGCUGAGCUCCUAUGCAAUGGGGAGGAUGGAAAAGUUCUUUAAAGAAACUCUUAAAUUUGAUCCAGACAGAUUUCACCCAGAUGCUCCAAAACCAUAUUACUGCUACUUUCCCUUCGCCCUCGGUCCACGGUCAUGCCUGGGAAAGAACUUUGCUCAGAUGGAGGCUAAAGUGGUGAUGGCGAAGCUGCUCCAGAGGUUCGAUUUCAGCCUAAUCCCAGGGCAGACCUUUGACCUCCAGGAUACGGGAACCCUGAGGCCAAAGAGCGGAGUGAUCUGCACCGUCAAACACAGGAAAUAUAAAAACUAAGCGAUGUUAAAGGUUUCUGCCACUAAAAUUAAAUGAAAAAUAAUCCUAACUGUCAAGUUUCUUCUCCUGCCUCAGACAUAACAGAAACUGAUGUUUUUUUAUCUUGCACUUUUAUUGUGAUUAACAGUGUUUUUAUAUAAACUUGAAAAUAUUUUGUCUUUAAUUAAUAUUUUCAACAAUACUACACCUUUUGUACCUCUAACAGGAACAUAAAUAUCAAAUGCUAUCAGCGCAUAUCAAUAAAACUGUUAUGGUAACUGA